AUGAGGAUUACCGAAAUUGUCAUAGAUGGCUUCAAAUCGUACGCUGUGCGUACGGUUAUCUCGGGAUGGGACGAAGCAUUCAAUUCGAUCACUGGCCUGAACGGUAGUGGUAAAUCCAACAUCCUUGAUGCCAUUUGCUUCGUGCUUGGUAUCACCAACAUGACUACAGUUCGCGCGCAAAACCUCCAAGAUCUCAUCUAUAAACGCGGCCAAGCGGGUGUCACCAAAGCGAGUGUCACGAUUGUCUUCGACAACCGAGACACAGCGAAAUCGCCGAUCGGAUUCGAGGAAUAUGCGAACAUCUCGGUCACCCGACAGAUUGUGCUGGGCGGCACAAGCAAAUACCUGAUCAACGGACACCGCGCGCAACAGCAGACCGUCCAGAACUUGUUUCAAAGUGUCCAGUUGAACAUCAACAACCCGAACUUCCUGAUUAUGCAAGGUCGAAUUACGAAAGUCCUAAACAUGAAAUCGGUCGAAAUUCUAUCAAUGAUUGAGGAGGCAGCAGGCACACGAAUGUUCGAGGACCGGAGGGAAAAGGCGAACCGCACAAUGGGAAAGAAAGAGCUGAAGUUGCGCGAGAUCGAAGAGCUUCUUAAAGAAGAAAUUGAACCCAAGCUCGAGAAGCUUCGGUCUGAGAAGCGAGCUUUCCUCGAUUUCCAACAAACACAAAACGAUCUCGAACGCUUGACUCGCCUUGUUGUUGCGCAUGAUUACAUUCGUGGCGGUGAACGGUUACGGGUCGCAGGGGAAGAGUGCGAAAGUAAACGGAACAAGGCACAGGCACUCGAAGACAAUGCGAAUAAGCUCAAAGGCGAAAUUGCUCACCUGGAGGAAGAUGUGAAACGGGUACGAACAGCACGCGACAAGGAACUUCGGAAGGGCGGCAAAUUCCAGGGGCUGGAAGAUGAGGUCAAGAACUACUCGCACGAGUUAGUUCGCUUGACUACGGUUUUUGAUCUCAAGAACGCCAGCAUGGACGAAGAGAAAGAAAAACGACAGACCAUCAAACAUACUGUCGCUGAUCUUGAGAAGGCCUUGAAAGAGAAGCGCAAGAUCUACGAAAAGAUACAGGCCCAAUACGAUACCGCCAAAGCCGAGCUAGACGCGCAGACAUUAGAAGUGGAACAGAAGGAAGAACUUCUGCAGACAUUGCAGACUGGUGUUGCUUCAAAGGAAGGCCAGGAGAGUGGAUACCAGGGUCAGUUGCAAGAUGCCCGCAACCGUGCAAGCAAUGCUGCCACAGAGCAAGAGCAGGGCAAGCUCAAGAUCGGCCAUCUGGAAAAGCGAAUCAAAGAAGAGGAACCCCGCGCAAAGAGGGCCAAGGAGCAAAACUCAGACCUUCUGCGUGAUUUAGAAGGGUUGAAGUCACAAGCCGGCAAGCUAGAGUCAGAGCUGAGCCGGCUUGGCUUUGAGCCCGGCAAAGAGGAGCAGAUCUAUCAAGAGCAGACAGGCCUCCAAAGAGAUAUUCGGGAACUUCGCCAACAGGCUGAUGGUCUCAGGAGAAAAGCAGCGAACAUCGAUUUCAACUACGUUGAUCCCCAUCCUAACUUUGACCGCUCUAGGGUCAAGGGGUUGGUUGCCCAACUUUUCACCCUCAACAAGGAUCGAGUGCCAGCCGCAACGGCUUUAGAGAUUUGUGCCGGUGGCCGCCUCUACAACGUUGUAGUAGACAGCGCAGAGACUGGUACUCAGCUACUUCAAAAAGGCAAGCUGCGCAAGCGUGUGACCAUUAUCCCCCUUAAUAAAAUCUCUGCUUUCAAGGCUUCUGCCGAAAAAAUCGGAGCUGCACAAAACCUUGCCCCAGGAAAGGUGGACCUCGCUUUGUCCUUGGUAGGGUACGAUGAGGAAGUACUUGCUGCGAUGAACUAUGUCUUCGGCAAUACGCUCAUCUGUGAGGAUGCCGAAACAGCCAAGAGAGUAACCUUCGAUCCCUCAGUUCGAAUGAAGAGUGUCACGCUUGAGGGUGAUGUUUAUGAUCCGUCCGGAACACUUUCUGGUGGAAGCUCUCCCAAUUCCAGCGGAGCUGCGAAGCAAGGAGCGACAACUUGCGACUUUGGAGGACAACAUGAACAAGGAAAAAAGAAGCUCGAUGCAGUCCGCUCCGUCAAGCAAAAGUUGGAUCUCAAGACCCAUGAGAUCAAGCUCACUGAAGAGCAGAUCAACAGCAACUCUUCAUCAUCGAUCAUUCAAGCUGUAGAAGAAAUGAAAGCGAACAUUGAACAGCUCAAGAAAGACAUCAUCGACGCCAAGUCGCGCCAAGCUGACGCAUCCAAGGAUAUCAAGCAGAUCGAAAAGGAUAUGAGCGAAUUCACCGACAACAAGGAUAGCAAGUUGGCGGAACUCCAGGCUUCGCUUGACAAACUUAAGAAGAGUCUCACCAAGAACUCAAGCUCCGUCAAAGAGCUGCAGAAGGAACUGCAGACCUCCAGGCUUGAUUCCGAACAAGCUGGAAGCGAUUUGUCUGCAGCCGAGGAGCAGUUGGUGGAAUCAGACACCACCCUCAAAGCCCAGGCCGAAGAGAUCGAAUUACAGAAACGCGAGCAGGCGCGAAUCAAGGAUGCUCAUGAUAUCGCUCAAGCUCAACUUGAUGAUGAGAGGGCCAAGCUGACUGGCUUUGACGAGGAGCUGCGAGAAUUAGAAUCUGCGAUGAAGAGCAAAUCCUCUCAAAUCACUGAGGAUGGCCUAGAGGCGCAAAAGCUUGGUCACCAGCUUGAAAAACUUCAAAAGGACCAGCAUACCGCUAGCCAAGCUGUUGCUCAUAUGGAGCAGGAACAUGAGUGGAUCGCCGACGAGAAGGAGAAUUUUGGUCGCGCCAACACCCCGUACCACUUCGAGGGCCAGAACAUUGCUGAAUGCAAAUCUACCCUACGGAAUUUGACAGAACGAUCCCAAGGCAUGAAGAAGAAGAUCAACCCCAAGGUCAUGAACAUGAUUGACAGUGUUGAGAAGAAGGAGGCCGCCCUAAAGAACAUGAUGAAGACGGUCAUCCGCGAUAAGCGGAAGAUCGAGGAGACUAUCAUGAACCUCAACGAAUACAAGAAAGAGGCCCUCCACAAGACUUGGGUCAAGGUCAAUGGCGACUUUGGACAGAUCUUCAACGAGCUUUUACCGGGCAGUUUCGCCAAACUCGACCCUCCAGAGGGCAAAGACAUUACCGAUGGUCUAGAAGUGAAGGUCUCUCUGGGCAAGGUCUGGAAGCAGAGCUUGACGGAAUUGAGUGGUGGCCAACGUUCUCUUAUUGCUCUUUCCUUGAUCAUGGCACUGCUGCAAUUUAAGCCCGCGCCGAUGUACAUUCUUGACGAAGUCGAUGCCGCUUUGGAUCUGUCUCACACGCAGAACAUUGGUCGAUUGAUCAAGACCCGCUUCAAGGGGUCCCAGUUCAUCGUUGUUUCACUCAAGGAUGGUAUGUUCCAGAAUGCCAACCGCAUUUUCCGCACACGCUUCAGCGAAGGUACAAGUAUUGUACAAGCUUUGACGCCUGCGGAUCUGAAAUAA